AUAACCAAGGCUAUCCUCCAACUCUGAUUCAAUAGGAGCUCAGCUGCGGUUGUUGGUCUCUCGCCGUCGAGCACAGAGCUCGGACCGUCUCAGUGCGAUCUCACACACGGCUUCACAAAGCAGAGCUGAACCGGUCUGUCGGAAUAACAGCCUCCGGCUUUGGCACGACUCAGGUAGAGACGAUUUUGAAUAAACAUGAGGACAAAUGUAGGAUGAAUCCACUCGCUGCUGAAUAGAUGAUGCUGCCUGAAUUGUCUUCACGGAGCGCACGUUUGGGCUUUUUUUUUUUUCUUUUUUCUUUUUUUUGCGGAGUGAUGAAUGAAAUUCAGAGGGAAACAAAACCUGAGCUCAUGGAUGCGAGAGUGCAGUGAUGCUGUGUCUGCAACUGUGACUGAAUAAAGGUAGAAAUAUAAAGAAGUUCUGCAGACUGAAUAUUGUGACUGGGCUUUUUAGGGAUCAGAUGCGGCAGAUGUUACUUCAGUGAGGAGAGUAACUGAUCCUGAGGACCGAGCCGACCCCCACUCACACAGACCAGAGGAUGGUCCCCGGGGCCCCCACGACCACCACCAUGCUCCCCGCAUCCGAGGCUGCCAAAAUUUACCAGACCAACUACGUGCGCAACUCCCGCGCGAUCGGCGUCCUGUGGGCCAUCUUCACCAUCCUCUUCGCCAUCGUCAACGUGGUGUGCUUCAUCCAGCCGUACUGGAUCGGAGACGGCGUGGACACCCCUCAGGCGGGGUACUUCGGUCUGUUCCACUACUGCAUCGGGAACGGCCUGACCCGGGACUUGACCUGUCAGGGCAGCUUCACCGAGUUCAGCACCAUCCCCUCCGGUGCGUUCAAGGCCGCCUCCUUCUUCAUCGGCAUGUCCAUGGUGCUGGUCCUCACCUGCAUCGGCUGCUUCGCGCUCUUCUUCUUCUGCAGCACUGGCACCGUGUACAAGAUCUGCGGCUGGAUGCAGCUGGCUGCAGGUACAUGUCUGAUCCUGGGUUGCAUGAUCUACCCAGAUGGCUGGGACAGUGAUGAGGUGAAGCGGAUGUGUGGCGAGCAGACGGACAAGUACACACUGGGAGCCUGCUCGGUGCGUUGGGCCUACAUCCUGGCCAUCAUGGGCAUCCUGGAUGCUCUCAUCCUCUCCUUCCUGGCCUUCGUCCUCGGAAACCGCCAGGACAGUCUGAUGUCUGAGGAGCUGCUGGGAGACAAGAGCGGUAAUAACGCCAUAUAACUUCUGGUAUGAGUAAAGCAGUCACACACACACAGGUCUCGCUGCCUAGACGUGAUGUUACUUCAGGAUCCAGCUUCCCUCUCCUGGUCCAGCUUGUGGCUGGGAUUCAGAGCUGAUGUGUGAACAGAUCAAAGAAGAACAGGAGGAGGAGGAGGAGGUCUGGAAGAGGCCACACAACCACAGCUUUGUGGGGGAUGCCUCUUGUCCUCCUUUAAAGCUCCUUCUGUAAAAUAGCCUUCUAAGUCAUCUUAAACUGCUUAUUUUUGCAGGAUGAAUUUUUCAAAAAGACGUUCUCUGAGUUUACCUGUGUUGGUAUGUCACUGCAUCAUCUUACUCAAGCUGGUCAAACUGAAAUGUUCUCCAUGUGGAUGUGAGGAACGCUGCCAGAGCACAAGUUCAGCUGGAAAAACAAAACAAAACAAAAAAAAAAAUCAUCUGAAAGACUCUUCAUGUGGUAAAUCAGCUCCAGGACACUCAUUGGACAAACACCAUAGUGUGACAGCUGCUCAAACUGAAUUAAAUCAAAACAAAUUAUCCAGACCUUGACCGACACAAAUAAGGACUUAACAUACUUGAGGUAAAAGCUGUCAGAUCUUCUUUCUUAUCAAGUCAACAAACUCCUCAUGUAAAGGAGUUUGGCUUUGACACUGUUUGACCUUUGGUUUAAAUGAGAGGGUUGUCAGCAAAGACAAGAGGAGUGAAGACAUUUCUCGGCUGGAUAAACAAACUGAAAGAACAGUAAUGUUUUGUUAUAAUUAAAUGUUUGAUGUGAUAGAAUCAAUUAGAGGUUUUGCAAAAAGAGUAAAAAUAAAAGUGCAAUAAAUAGAAGAAAACAUCAAUUGUAUCAAGUCUAUAAUCUGUGUAUAGCUAUAUGUUGAUUAUGUCCCUGUACUUCGUCUUGAAUUGGUCCAUUAUUAGUGUGUGCCAUACUGUAUCUUGUAAACUAACAGUAUUGUGGAGUACUAAAGGUCAUGAGAAAAGCUAAACUGAACAUGAACUGAACUGUGGCUGGAAAAGUUUGACUCCUGUAUUGUUGUAGGCUAUCUUUUUGUUUUCUAUAAUUUUUCACUAUCUCACAGCUAUAUAAAAAAAAAUAUUUAAAUUAAAAACACACAUAAGGAAUUGAGUCAAACUUACAUUAAAACUGUUAAUGUAUGGCAGAACAAAAGAAAUCACUUUUCUCACCUGUAAAGGAAAUAUUGGAUUGUUUUCUUUCUGACAGAGUACAUUAGCUAGCUGAUAGAUACCACUCAUACAUCCGUUAAAUAUGUUAGCUACAGACUGGUUAGCUUAGCUUAAGCUGUCACAAAGACUGGGAACAGCUAGCCUGGCUCUGUCAAAUUACAUGAAUACAAAAAAUUCACAUACCAACACCUCUAAAGCUAUUUAAUGAACAUGUUUGUUUAUCACGUACAAAAACCAAAGUGUAAAAACAACCAUUAGCUCUUGGCUGUUGAACAGUUGCCCAGCAACCAGAGUUUAGCCAACUUAUUGCGUGUUGUGUCCAGGAAGUUAGCAAAUAACCACACAUAAAAUGGCAAACCGUCGUUUUUACAUUUUGGUUUCUCUGCAGUUUCACCAACCGAGAUGUAUUAGUGAGCUUUAGAGGUGCUGGCACAAGGAUUUGUUACUUUCAGACUUUAUGCUACUUUAAGCUAACAGGUAAUAUAUCCUAUUCAGUAACUCAUCAGAUUCUGUGACCUUGUCAUCACACUUGAGGGAACAUGCCAGCCUUGAAAAGCAUAUAAGAGCAUAGACUCCUCAAAAAUAGCCUUUAACCACAUAUCUGAAUAUCAGCAGCAAUGUUACUUAUAAAAUGUUUUUGUGUGUGAUUUUUGCAAAGACUGUCUGGAAAACCUUCAGUACUCCCACAGACUUCUGAUGUUAUGUAAAAUUCAUAUGUGGGCCUUAAAUAAAUAGGCUAUUUUUCAAUUGGUUAACCUUUCUGUCCAUUUUCUGCUGCUUAUCCAGGUCCAGGUUGUGUUUAAUGAUUAAUUAAUUGCAUUUUUAUGAAUCAUUGCUGCUUACUGCUGGGAAGUACUUACAAAAAUGUGAUAUAAAUGUGGUAACAUUUUACAGUAAGGGUACAUGAAUUCAUGCAUGACUUAUUGAUAAUUCAUGUACCCUUAACAUAAAGUGUUGGCGAUAAAAUACCCAAGGGUUUUAUCUGUCAUAUUGGUUUGGUCUGACCAUAAAACAAGUGUCAAAUUACAUUCUGUGUGGUAUUAAAAGGCUUCAAUUCAA